AUGGUUGGAUAUCAACUCUCCAGUAAUGAUCUAAUAAGUAUACCGUCCAAGUAUAUUUGUAAGCAGUGUGGCUUUGUACUACGCGAACCUAUGCAAACGCCAUGUGCUCACUUUUACUGCAGAUCCUGUUUGGAAGAUCAUAAAAGGUAAUUAUUGUAUAUUUAAGGUAUAGAUAGAAGAGUGGGUAAGCGGAGAAAAAUUAAUAAAUAAAUAAGUAAUGAAUAAAUAAAUGAAUAAAUACGCCAAUAAGUCUUUCUCUAAUUUUAUCCAAAAAUGCUAUGGAAUUGAACUGACUUAUUUCUAUAAACAGGGCAUCCAGUCAGAAUGAUGGGUUUAAGUUUAAGUAAAGUCAUGUGCACCGGUCUUAACGCUCUUCAGGCCGCUGGAUUAGAGCUGGAGACUGACCGACCUGUUCACUUGUCUGCCAUUGGACAGUUCAUCCGUAAAUCGGAUUAGACCAAAGCUAUGAACUUUGAACGGUCAAAAUAAGGACGCUUGAAGAAUUCGAAUGGUUUUAUUUUUGAACCGGCACCAUUUUCCUGCGAAAAUCGUCGGAGCAUUUCUUCAGUGCAAGAAAUGUACUUUUGCAUCGCCUCCUUCCUUGCCCUCCUCGUCAAAUUAUUUCUGCGCCAUUAAUUUUUGCAGCGGGGACGAGACUUAUAAAUGUAAAGAUGACGGUGAAGAGUUUAACCUGUCUGAGGUAAGAUACUGAGUUGUAUGUGAUCAGCAUGGGAACCAUCGCGUUAUGCUACUAUAGCCUACGAGCUGCCAAGCAAACAUUUACUGCAAUUGUAAAAGUAUGUUUAAAAAAAAAAAAAAAAAAAAAAAUUAGGAAAUUUUAACCAAAAAAAAAUUAAAAAUAAAAAGUGGAGGGGAAAAGUUUAACCUGUCUGAGGAAAAAAACUGUGUUGUAUGGUAUCAGCAGGGGAACCCUCGGGUUUUUCUAUUAUAGCCUACAAGGGCCCAAAAAAAAAUUUAAUGCAAUUGAAAAAAUAUAUUUAAAAAAAAAAAAAAAAAAAAAAAAUUCGGUAAUUUUAGCCUAUCAGGAAUUCAUAACUAGCUGGGCCCCCACCACGGGCUACAUAAUUCCAUACCGUAGAGAGAUGCUCAAUUUUGUUUUUCUGAUAGGAGCCAAUAAAAAUAACAUUGAUAAUGAUGAUGAUGACGUGGUGAAGGUGGUGGUGAUGUCAAUUAAUGCACUAGAGGAAAAAAAAAAAAUCACCUGUUGAAUUAAGAUACCCAACUGAUUUUUUUGUAGGUAUUUUAUGAUCGCUGGGUUAGGAACGAAAUCCGGGACCUAACCGUCCACUGUCUAUAUAAGGACCACGGUUGUGAAUGGGAAGGGAAGAUAACUGCUCUGGAGGUGAGUGACGGAUUAAAGUUUUUGAGAUGAAAAUUUACUUCUUGAAAGCCAGCUCUAUGUCUUUGAUACGUUCCUCCUUGGUUUUGAUAAGUAUAUGCAGCCUACGAAUUCAGCACCUCUCGUCACUCCCCGUCAUAGGGGACGUUUCGUGAGAGAAACGAAAAAUACUUAAAUACUAAGGUUUCUGAAAAUAUCAAGACGUUGGCUAACUCGUUAAUAACCUGUGACUCACAAUAGUGGUGAUUUUCAUGAUGACGUUAUGUAUUUUCAAAGAAGGAACUGGAAACACCCCCUAUCUUGAAUCUCCCAUUUUAAAUUAAUCAAAAGUAUUUCAAUCAUUACACUGAAAACCUGUAUAAAAAUUGCGGUAAUCGUCAUAUAAAAUUUGACUGUCUUUGAAAGGAUGCUUAGGAAGCGAGCAAUCUGCAAGUUGUAGAAAAGGAGAGAAAUGAACAGUGCUGGAAUUUGAAUCAAACAUCUACCAUUUAAUCAUUUUAACAUUCAUUUUUUUUUUCUCGAUUUAGUAACGCAGAGGCCUGAAUUUCAUUAACAGUUAUAAUACAUUUCAUAUAUAUAAUAAUGUUUAUACUUAAUUAAAAUAAAGUGUAAUAUAAGAAUUCAUGAGUGAAAACAAAAAUAAAACCUUUUUUUUUAUAAAAAUGCAAAUUUUCCGAAAAAUAUGGCUGCCAAUAAUCGGUUGUCAUGCUAUGUUGAUGGACACUUCACAAUGAAUUAAAAAUUUCGUUUCCCAUUUGAAUUUAAGGAAAAGUCAGCCGGCUACUUAACAAUGGUUCAAUGAUGGUUACUUUAAUUCUUACUCCAUUUUUGUUUGAUUAAUCACUAGGAACACUCUUCCGGUUGUGAUUUUGUAGAGAUACCUUGUUUGUUUGAAGAGUGUCAAACAAAAGUACUGAAGUUAAGAUUAGCUGAACAUCUGAAAAACGAAUGCAGCCAACGGAGUGUGCACUGUGAGCACUGCAAAGAGGAAAUGCCUUUUGCUAAACUAGAGGUAAUUUUCCCAAAUUAAUUAAAUAGACAGGAUAUUACGUCGUGAGUCCUGAAUGAAGUAUAAAGGAAUGGCAUCCUACAAUACAACCAGUGAUCGGGAACGGAGGAAUGUGAUGAGCCUGGGUGUGUGGGAGGGGGGGGGGAGGGGGGUGGAGGACUCCGCCGCAUAUGAAAGGCGUGUGGAUGCUCUUCGGAAAUUUUGAGUGAAACCCCUACAGGAAACCGAUCUGGGCGUGGCCCAAGCUUUUUUUGAUCCCUAAAAGAGACCAUGUUAAAACACAGACAAAUGAGAAAACUUGGAUUAUAUGAAUGGAGUAAAUAAAACAAAUAAAAAAUACAAAUAUAUAAAUUAUAUAAAAAUAUAAAAAAGCGCACGUUGGGAUUUGCUCUGGAAGUGCCGAUUUAUACUACCGCAAAACGGGUCUUGUGGGAUUUACUCUGGUUUUAGGCUUUAAAUGUGGGGAUUCGCUCUGCUGCUCGUUCCCCACUACUUUCAUAUGCGGAGUCUCCCCCCCUGGGUGAUGAGAUAUUUUUGAUGUAUGAAAUGCAAAAUAAACUUUCACUGAUAACUGCUAUUUCAAUGUGGUCUACAUGCGCGCAACCCAAAUGUCUAGUCGGCAACCUUUGUCAGUUUAAGCGGUGGGCCAAACGUCGACUUUUAAUGAGACAAACAAUCUCUAAUUUGGGUCGACCUAAAUUAAGUUAAGAUCGUCUGUUGGGUCAGACGUCGAACUUAGGACGCGUCGAAGCAAUCAACCGAAUCAGACCAUAAAGCAAUUUUAGCUCAGUUUUUAAUGAACUGUCUCCCAAACAAGGCUAAAUAUAUAUUAUCACACAAAUUUGUAAUUUAUUAGUUUAGUUCGUCGCAUGUGAAAAUCGACGUUUGUCCCGGAGAUGAUCUUCUGACGUACUGUCCGCCUGAAACAGAAGGACAGAGCGUGUUGGACGAUCCAAACUCCUUCAGACGAACUUAACUGAACCAGACGUGGAACUUUUCAUGAACAUAAUUCACUAAGGCCUACGCCAAACGUCGAACUUUUCCGGAGACCAAAGGCCAAACUCAAGCUUUAUAGUGAAUUAAAUUCAUCAAAAUUUCGACGUCUGGCUCAGUUAAGUUCGUCUGAAUGAGUUUGGAUAUCCAACACGUUCUAUCCGUCUGCUUCAGACGGAAAGAACGUCUGAAGCUCGUCUCCGGGACAAACGUCGAUCUACCAAUAAACUAAUAAAUGAAAAAUUUGUAUGAUAAUGUAUAUUGAACCGUGUUCGGGAGAAAACUUUUUAAAAUUGCUUUUUGGUCUGAUUCAGUUGAUGCAUGUGUUCGACGCGUCCUAAGCUCGACGUAUGUCCCCACAGACGAUCUUAACUUAAUUUGGGUCGACCCAAAUUUUUACAGAGUUUGGUUCGUUUCAUGAACAGUUCGACGUUUGCCUAGGCCUGUGACACUUCGUCAGUUGGUUGGGGUAUUAAAGCCGUGAUAUCCCGCUCUGCAGAUCAUCACUCUGUCGAACUUGCAAAACUUUCUGUGAGUAAAAAUGUCAUGCUUUUUUUUUCACCUUAGUUUUUUAAUUUCCCUUGCAAAAAGUCAUAAGUUAAUUCAACUCAAUCGCAAUUGAUCGGAACAAGAUCCGUUUUAACUUAUUGUUUAGGACUUAACUGUUUGUUUGUUUGUUUGUUUUCUUACAGGAUCAUGUUGCCAACGAUUGCCAAUCAUUUGCCAUUGACUGCACUCUUUGCGACAAGAAAGGGAUUCCUCGAGGGAAGCUAAAAGAUCAUCAGGAUGCAGAAUUUGGAGACUGUGAGGGCACCAAAGCAGCCUGCCCAUUUGGAUUACUUGGCUGUGAAGCAAGAGAGGUAAUGUGCAAGGAUCAGACUGCGUUCAGUAUUUGUUUUUUUUUCUUCCAAGUUUUAGUCUUGUAAGUGAUUGAAUCAGUGAAGCAUUAAUUUUCCCAACAUAACAACUAUGCGAUUGAGAGGACAUUUUCCAUGCCGUUCGAGACCUACAAAAAUCAAGAUUAUUUAUAAACAAUAAGUCACUAAAAAUUAAAACAAACAAACAAAAAUGAAGCAACUUAAUGAAAACAAUAGUGGGAUAUUUAACCCUCUAACUUUUUUAGCGGUUAAUUGUAUUUGGUAUUUGCUCUUUCUACCUUAUUCAAACCUCUCAGCUGGUGAGCACAGAUUCAAGAAAGUCACUCAGUGACGGUCUGUUUCUGCUAAUCUUCUAGUUUUUGCUUUUUUAAAAAAAUAUAAAACUUUGCCAUUUCUGUGCAUUCUGGCUCUUUGCAGGAGUUAAGACGAACUGAAAGGAGACGUCACGAACAAACCUUGGUAUCGUAUCACCUGGCACUUCUGUUUCGAUUUGUACUUACGUUAAGAGACCAAGUUGGUUGCUAUGUUAAUGAGAUAAGUCCUUUAAGAGAAGGCGUCACAGUCGUAGAUCGACUGAAAUCAACAGUCGGUCAGCUUCUGUCCCAAGUUACAGCGGUGGUUCGGGAAAAUGGGAAUAUCCAAGAGGAAGUCGAUGGCUUGAGAACGCAACUGGCGCGAAUGGAAGAAAACCUAGUGGAGCCAGAUUCUGCUGCUAUUGGACCGGGACGCUCCCUGAAAGUACAGUAUCAGCAAAUAACAGCAAUGCUAGCUGAUUUUAAGCGUCAGCUAAGCAACAUGGAAGCAAAGUUUGAAAACCACGAACUGCUGCUCUCUGAAGCAAAUCGCUACAUUGAAGAACAAAACCAAGAGAUUACUAGGCUGAAGCGACAAGCGGAAAUGGACAGAGAGCAAUUAAACCGGGCACAGGCCAAAGUAAUAUCUAUGGAGGAAAGUUUGAAAAGACAAGGGAAUACACCACCUGAGGCUGGUAUUCAAAAUUCGCGGAGAGAUCAAGAACCAAAUAGCUUUGAUGGUACUCUUCUAUGGAGGAUAAAUAAUAUUUCGGCGAAAAUGUAUGAUUCAUUUAACGAACCCGAGAAGUCCUUUUACAGUCCGCCUUUCUACACAAGUCGUCAUUCAAGGGAAUACACCACCUGAGGCUGGUAUUCAAAAUUCGCGGAGAGAUCAAGAACCAAAUAGCUUUGAUGGUACUCUUCUAUGGAGGAUAAAUAAUAUUUCGGCGAAAACGUAUGAUUCAUUUAACGAACCCGAGAAGUCCUUUUACAGUCCGCCUUUCUACACAAGUCGUCAUGGAUACAAAAUGUGCGCACGGAUUUACUUGAAUGGUGAUGGAAUGGGAAAGGGAACACACAUUUCGCUGUUUUUCGUGCUCAUGCGUGGUGAGUAUGAUCCGUUACUUCGCUGGCCAUUCAGACAAAAGGUCACCUUCAUGUUGUUGGACCAAGACAAUGUGGAGCACGUAAUUGAUGCCUUUAGGCCGGAUCCAAAUAGUUCGUCCUUCCAAAGACCAAGGAGGGAGACGAACAUCGCCAGUGGAUGCCCCCUGUUCCUGCCGCUUGCGAACUUAAACAACCACGCUUAUAUCAAGGAUGAUGCGAUGUUCAUAAAGGUCAUAGUUGACUGCUUUGACCUGUAA